AUUGGAUCUGAAAAUGGAACUUACUUUAACAGAUUUUCGAACUUCAAAUUGAAAAGCAUCUUUGGAAGAAUCAAACUAUACCUUUUUCUUCGCAGCUUCCUUAAUACCAAGAGCAUACAUAACCCUCUCAUCAUGUUAGCUUAUCUCUUAAAAAUACACUCGGAAGUAUAAUUCUUAAAAAUAUCGCGUAGGGAACACAACCCAAGCAACGAUUGAGUUGAGUUAUGUCUUCCAACGAAGAGGUAACGAUCCCUUUGAAAUAUUGGGUGGACGAUGACAAAAAGCGUGUAAUUGUGGCAGAAGCAAGUGGGGACUUGGUAGAUGUUCUCUUCAGUUUCCUCACCCUUCCAUUGGGAACUAUUAUUAGGCUUGGAAACAAAUUGGAGCAACAUAUAGAGCUUGGUUGCAUCAAUAAGCUGUACGACAGUGUUGAUAAUUUGGAAUCUAAUGUUUUCUGGAACAACGUCUGCAAGAAAAUGUUGCAUUCUCCGCGCAACCCGUUAGAGCGCUCUUGCCAAAGACUGAAAGUGAAAGUGGAUGAUACAGAACCCACUAAGUAUUUCGUGUGUUACAGCUGUUCAAAGGAAAAGGAUCUGUUGCUGAGUACCUUUGAUGGUGCAAGAUGCCAUUGUGGAAAAUUGAUGAGAAAAGAAACGCAGUUGCUGCAAGAAUCCAAGGAAGAGCUAGGUAGGGACAAUGGUGCUUUUGUUAAAUCAGAUGCCAUGUUCUUGAUCUUGGAUGACUUGAGAGUCCUCCGAAGCUCUGUUGGUGACUCUGUUCAAACGUUUCUCAAGCAUCGACACAAAGACAUCAGCAACCUCACCGAAAUAUCUGGAGAAGUUGGCAUCAAGGAGAUAUUGAGCAUACUAAAGCAAUCCUUAAUCUCCAAAUCUCCUCUGAGUGAUGUAUUAUUGAAAAAUGAAGAAUAUAAGAAAUACUCUUCCUCACAGUAUACCGGUCCCAUUCAUUCCAAAGGUCAUGUAAAAAUCAAAGUAAUGGUGAGCAAAUCAAAGAACAAGAUUUUAUUUGCUGAAGUAGAUGGAGAUUUUGUUGACCUUCUAGCCAGCUUCCUGACAACACCUAUUGGAUCUAUUGUGAAGCUUAUGAAAGGAAAAUUGUGCUUGGGAAGCAUUCGUAACUUGUACAAAAGUGUGAAGCGUCUCAAUCCAUCAUGGUUUGUAAGAUCAUCUAACGAAUCUUUAAAGAAUAUAAAGGUUGCUCCUCAUUUUGGUUGUAAGAGGAAUCCAUUAGAAGAGGACGAUUCUCCUGAAUAUUGGUAUGGCCCUGUAGUGGAGAAAGAGAAUGAGGGGCGUACAAUGAUUUCAAAGAGAAAAGAGUUGUUACGAGAUCCAAAAAAAGUGAAACUUUUUGACCCAAGAUCUUCUGAUGGAGCAAGAGAACCUCCUGUGGGAUUUAUGAAGAGGCCAUGUCUGUUUGUUGUGAGCGAUGAUCUGGAAGUGAAACCAAUGACAAGUGCUUCUAGCAUUUCGCAUUUGAAAGAGCUUGGAAUUGUGAAGUUGAAUGAUUUGGAGGAACAUUUUAUUAAAGUCAGAAAGUCACAUGAGGCACUAGACCUUUUGAGGGUUUCUUUGACAUCCAAUGAAGCUGCUUUGACAAAAAGCCUAUUCUCCAAAAUGUGGAUAUGUCAAAGAUGCAUCCCUUGCUGGGGUGUAUUUGGAAGUCGACACCAAAUUAAAAACGAAAUAAAAAAGGUAGAGAAAGUGGUACCAGGUAAAAAAAGGCAUGACGAAAGAGAAAAAGAUAAGAAGGAAGUGAAGUAGAAAAAGAAAAAGGAGGUACAAGAGACAAUAGGUAUAUGUUAUUGAUAAAUAUUGAAAAAGUCAGAGGAAGAAAUUAAGCCUAAACUGAGGAAGAUCGGAAAUGGGUGUUCAAGUGCAUUGUUGUAAUAUAUUGAUGCGUGAAAUAGUUAUGUUCAAGUAAAUUGGACGAUCAUGUAACAUUUAGUACAAAUUUGAUUAUUGAAUUA